AUGCGUAAGAAGGUCGUUACCUACCUCAACCUGGUGCGCAAUCGUCGGCUCACCACAGACAAUCAGAUAUACCUCACCAACAUGGUCCUCAAUGCCCAUGUCACAUACGUAGCUGAGGCACGCCUGAGGGAGGUCUACAGAUUCUCCAUCUCGGCAGAGGAACUGGUAGACCUACAUUUUCAUUACCCCACCCGUACCCUCACCGUCUUCACGGACGUGUACUACGGCAAGGGCUCCCACCGCAAUCGCAAGUUCUCCAUUCCCAUACAACCUGUUUCAACGCUGGCGGAGCUUCACGCCAUCGAAGAGGCGCUGCUUAGCGCCCCCAGUGGGGUCAACCUAUGCGGCCACACGGUCACCUACCAGCACGUGUAUAGUCACAUACCGGACAAGAAACGCCUGGCACGCGCAGCAGGCCCCAAGGAGCUCACCAAGCUUAAGUACAAGCUUCACAGCAUGAAAGAUCGACUGUGGGGCGCACUCCCGCUGGAUUGA